AUGACCAAGGAUCAGGUGUCCCUGAUGACGUCAAUCUUCUACAUUGGAGCCUUUCUGGGCUCCUUCGUGGGUGGAUGGGUUGUCAAUACAAUUGGCCGGAAAUGGGGUCUCAUUAUCCCGAUGAUUUUGCAACUUUUUGCAAAUGCCUUCAUUGUUCUCGCCAAAAGUCCCCUCCUACUGUACUUAUCGAGAAUUUUCAGUGGAAUCCUACUCGGUGCUAUAUUUGUUGUUUUGCCCAUUUUUAUUGUCGAAGUUACGGAAAAAAGGCUUCGGAUAACUUUGGGGAAUUUUUUCGGUGCUACGGGAAUGGUUGGAUUGCUUCUAAGCAAAGGUCUUGCUGCUCUGGGUUUCUAUGUGGUGCCCAUUACUACAAUUGCUCUUACAAUCGUCUUUCUGGGGUGCUUUGCAAUGUUCCCUGAUACGCCGGAAUACCUCCUCUUUCGCAAUAAACCCGAAGAUGCGGAGAAAGCUCUUAAAUUCUAUCGAGGAAUACCCUCAGAGAGUCCCCUCGAGGGGGCAAUCAUUGAGGAAUUUGAGGAGAUAAAGAAUGUUGUCAGUCUCAGGGGUCAGAAAACUUCAAUUAAGAUGAAAGAUUUAAAAGGAGGCACAACUAUCCUCGGCAUCAUCAUUAGCCUUAUUCUCACGUCAAAUAUGAACUUUACGGGUAUCAGGCUGACGUCUUCCUUCACCGAAUCCAUCUUGGAGGAUGCUGGAAUACACCUGGAUAACGUCAUGCUGGAUAUUUCCAUGUCAGUACUGCAAGUCUUCGGAGCAAUCUUGACGAUUUAUUUAGUUCGUUGGAUAAAGGUUCGUCGCUCCUUCCUCACCUUCUAUUUUCUCAGCCUCAUUGGCUUCUUCGGAGCUGCCGUUCACUACUAUUUGCAUGAACGUGGAAUGAACUUGGUGCCAUUUACCUGGUCCUACAUGAUCUGCAUCACACUGGCCAUUGUUGUUCCCCUCGGAGGGAUCAAUACGCUCUGCAUGAGUAGCGCAUCGCAAGUGUUAUCCCUAAAAAUCCGCGGAUGUGUCCUGGGUGUAAUGAACACUGUUAGCCUCGGUGUGGCCUUCUUCAUGACUCAAUACUACCUUGUUCUCGUGGAUACAGUUGGGAAUUCCGCUGUGAUGGCGGCUUUUGGUCUUUGGUGCCUCUUUGCAGGCAUUUUUAGCAUCUUCUACUUACCCGAAUUAGAGAGUAAAACCUUCAGCGAAAUCGUUGAAUCACUCAAUAGAAGACUCCCGGCAUGCAUAAGAGAAAGAAGUUUCUGA